AUAUCCAAUCUUGUACAAAUAUAUUUGCUGAAACUCCUGUUAUUAAAGGUUUCAGCAUUCACGGGAUGUCAAAUAUCACUCCAUUCUGUGAGACAUGGAGCUCGUUGUCCCGAAGAUGCUGAGUCUUGGCAAAUGGCGGCAAGCAUAAUGAAUUGCGAGUCUAUACAACAACAGUGUUCAGAGUCUUUGGGUUUAGACCCUCAGAGAUUCAUUUUCCAGUACCACUGUUUGAUAAAUUCCCGGAUGAAUGCCAUAGUAGAAGUGUGUGCACUGAACCGUUCCAUUUUAGGGUAUUGUGCAGAGUUCAAUGAAGAUGGAGCCUUGAUACAAGAUAACUAUCAUGCAGAUUGUAAAAAUUAUACUCCACCAUGUCCAACAUUCUACAAUUCAGCUGAGGCCUACAAAUAUCAAUGGUGUUAUCAUCUGGUAUACAGACAUCAGAAUUAUUUAGUCAGUGCUGGUGGGGAACGGCCAAUUUCUUCAAAAUCGAGCUUGUUCAUGAUCAGCAUUUGUCACCUGAUACAUUUCUUUUAUUUCGUUUUAAUUGAGUUUAUAUACAAUAUUCUUACUAUGAAAUGUGGUGAUAACGCACCGUGUUCAAAAUCAAAUGUCCAAAGGAAAAAUACAAAACAAGAGCAAAGCAAUCACGGACCUCUACAAAAGUUAGAUGUAGCAUCAGGGGCCAUGAAGGAGUGAGCAUACUCGACCGGUCACAAUUGCCGUGCUUUACAAAUACUACACAUGUAUUUUUAUCUGUUAUGUUAUUUGAUGAAGAACAUAGAAGGAUAUUGAAACUCUUUU